AUGACAGCGAAUACGAUUCAUCAACAUCAGGACACUAAAAGCAAGACGACAACAUAUUCAUCAGUCGCCAUAAAUCAACUACCUCAACAUCAAGCGCCUCAAGCCUCCUUUCCUCAGUUCUUCCAUCCUCAAAUUAAGACCUCUUAUCCUCAGGCCCAAAUUCCCCAUCCUAAGCCUCAGACCUCCCAUCCUCAAUUUAAAACACUAAAAAAAUAA